CGCCCUUGUUCAUUUCCCCGCCAGGCCACCGUUUCCCGCCAUCGGCUCUCCGCUUUCCGCCGCCGCUUUUUGCUACCGCUGCAUCGGCGACGCCGCGACGGCCAUGGAGGCGGACAUGGACAUGGAGAUGCCAGAUCCGGAGGAGCUCGAGUGGAUGGAGAGCCACGGCCUCCUCCCGGAAGAAGAGGAGGAUGUCUACUUCGACGACCCCGACGAGAGCUUCCUCCCGGUCGCCGGAAACUCCGGCCAGCCGAGCGAUUCCCCGCAGCCGCAGGAGAUCACCGCGUCACCCGCAAAACCCGCAGAUGAAGUUUCGGAAGGCGGUUCGAAGCGGCCUCUCCCUCCGCCUCCUCCGGAGCAGCAGCAGGAGGAGGAGAGGAGCAAGCGGAGGAACGUGGAGCGGGAGGAUUCGGGGGACGAGGACUGGCUGCGGUACUCGCCGCCGCCCGCCCCUGAACCUGAAGUCGUGGUCGCCGAGAAGACAAUCUCGCGGUUCGCGUCGGAGAUCCAGGGGGACUGUGUGCCCGUCACCGCGCCCAAUGGGGAGAGGGUUUAUGCCAAGCUUGCAAUGGAGGAGUUGGAUGGUGGAGGAGUUAGAGGAACGAGGCAAGGGGCUCACUUCUCCAACCGAAACCCCAGCCCCAAGGGCCUGCUCUCAGAAUCCUUUCAUUCACUAACAAGGCGUGCCGAGCAGGAGGCUUUAGCAAAGGCCUUGCAGGAAAGCACAGGCUUACUAGAUCGGGAGGCUUGUUCAGUGACUCCACUAGUCACAGAACAACUUUGGGUGGAGAAGUACGCACCGAAUUCUUUCACAGAGCUGUUAAGUGACGAACACACAAACAGGGAGGUACUUCUAUGGUUAAAACAAUGGGACUCCUGUGUUUUUGGGUCCCAUAUUCGUUCUACUAGUGAUGAUGUUUUAUCUGCCUUACGUCGGCACUCUUCUACCAUCCAAAAGAAUGCAAGUAACAAAAAAUUCUUCUCCAAGAGUAAGGGAGGCCAUGUUAUGAGUCAAGAUGAUAUGCCCCUGAAUGCAACUAGUAGCAACUCAGAAGAUUUGGGUAGCUCCUUCAGCAAAACGUCAUCAGUUGGUAAUACACCAGAACAAAAGGUAUUGCUACUUUGUGGUCCACCUGGACUUGGAAAGACAACACUUGCUCAUGUUGCAGCCAGACAUUGUGGCUACCAUGUUGUGGAGAUAAAUGCCAGUGAUGAUCGUUCUGCUUCAUCCAUUGAAUCAAAAAUUCUUGAUGUAGUUCAGAUGAAUUCAAUCAUGUCAGAUUCCAAGCCCAAGUGUCUGGUGAUAGAUGAAAUUGAUGGAGCACUUGGUGAUGGAAAAGGUGCUGUGGAGGUUAUUUUGAAGAUGAUCAAUGCUGAAAAGAAUAAUAAUUCUGACAGAAGCACUAAUGCUGAAGAAGCUCAAGUCCGAAAGGCGUCCUCAAGGAAAAGUCAUAGAAUGGCAAAACUAUUGAGGCCUGUGAUUUGUAUAUGCAAUGACCUUUAUGCUCCAGCCUUGAGACAACUGCGCCAAGUAGCCAAGGUUCAUAUGUUUGUGCAGCCAACAAUUAGUCGUGUGGUAAACAGGCUCAAGUAUAUAUGCAAAAGCGAAGAUUUCAAGACAAGUGCAAUUGCCCUUUCUGCUUUAGCAGAGUACACUGAAUGUGACAUCCGGUCAUGCUUAAACACACUUCAAUUUUUGAACAAGAAAAGUGUGGCACUAAACAUUACAGCUUUUGAUUCACAAGUAAUUGGACAGAAGGAUAAGUCAAAAAGCAUCCUUGAUGUUUGGAAACAGAUUUUGCAAAAGAAAAAACUCAAGCGGUCUGGAAAGGCCGAAAGUCAUUUCAGCAAAGACAAGGACAUUGACUCUCUCUUCACACUCGUAUCUAAUCGUGGUGACUAUGAAGUUACCAUGGAUGGGAUCCACGAAAACUUCUUGAAACUAUCUUAUCAUGACCCAAUGUUGCAAAAAACUGUAAAAUGUCUCGAUAUACUUGGAGUUUCAGAUUCCUUGACCCAAUAUGUUUACCGGACUCAACAGAUGUCACUUCAUGCAUAUCAACCUCCAAUUGCCAUCACGAUAAGCCGCAUGGUUGCUCAAGUUGACAAGCCAAAUAUUGAAUGGCCAAAAGCUUUGCAGAGGUCUCGAACAUUGCUUUUGGAAAAGAAAGACAUGUUGAAGACCUGGCAAAACCAAAUGUCACCAUUUGUUUCAAGGCACCUGUCAGUGGAAUCAUUUGUUGAAGACAUUGCUUCCCCCUUUUUACAUAUUCUCUCUCCACUGAGUUUGAGACCUGUGGCACAGAAUUUACUGUCAGAGAGAGAAAAGGAUGAACUUGUGCAUCUAGUUGAUACUAUGGUUUCCUACUCACUUACAUACAGAAACACAAAGUUUGAGCCUCAACAAAGGGCAAACAUAUCUGUAGUGUCGCAUGAUGUUCCUUCACUCUCUCUUUAUCCUCCGAUCAAUGAUGUCAUAAACUUUAAGGGGUAUCAAUCAGAGCACAUUGGUCUGUCUUUGGCCAUGAAACAGGUCCUGGUGCAUGAGGUAGAGAAGGAAAAGAUCAUUAAAGAUAGUGCUGGCAAAUUGUUGAACCAAACUAACGAUGGAGAUGUCAGGAGUGAAGCUUUAUCAGCUAUAAGAAAGAAAGCAACAACUGAUUCCGUUGCUCCUGCAUUAAAUUCUUCCAUCGAUAGCUCCAAGCGCAAUUCAACUACUCUUCAAAUGCAAUUAAACUCAGCCUCUAGUUUGAGUGGUCAAGAUCCUAAACAUGCAAAGAAGCACUCCAGCCGCGCAACAAAUUUCUUUGACAGGUUUAGGAAGGAAAGACCGGUAGAUGCAAAAACUCGAAGUGAUGCGGGGCAGCAAGGAGCAACAAUUCAGAGGGACUCACGCCCUCUGAUCUUCAAAUACAAUGAGGGUUUUACAAAUGCAGUGAAAAGACCAGUGAGAGUUCGUGAUCUUCUACUUAGCUAGGUCCGUUUGGUCACUGCACUUGUUCUGUGAAGUCAUCUUUUCCUGUAUAUUUAUCGUACCAUGUACAUUUUGUACGGCAGGUUAAACUAUUUGGGUCGAAAUUAAAAAUACAAUUAUGUCAUUUAUACAAUUUCUUUUUUCUAUAAUUACAAAGGCAACAAGAAGUCAAGAACAUCAUCAGGAUGA